AAAAUAUCUACUCCUGCUAUACUAUCCUCCUUUUUUUCCUUUUUCUGCGAUGGCGCAACGAGCGGUGUUCCGCAAGUGCAGAAAGUGUGGCUCCAAAAUGCCCGCUGCAGACCCGCACGACCUGUGCCUCCUCUGUUUAGAGGAGGGUCACAGGACAGACAAAUGCGGCCACUGCCUGGCCUUCUCUAAACAGGCCAGGAAGAAUAGGGAGAACCACUUAUGUAAGCUCCUGUGGGACCAGGCUCUCCUACAAUCGGACCAGCUGAUGGCUAAGCCUGCUACAACCUCGGCUCCACCUGACCACCGUCCUUCUUCAGCCAAUCCGCCGCAAUGUCCGGCCCCUUCCUCUGCUACUCCACCCUCAUGCCCUUUCGGCGAAGGUGCUCCUGCCAUGGGUGAUCAGCCUGUUUCCCUGUUUCCAAGAAACAGCGGAAAAAGAGGAAGCACAGCGGCCCUGAGAAGCCGUCUGUGCACAAGAAGGCCAAAAGGGAUAAGGCCGAAAAAACAGCUAAAAAACCGAAACCCGAGCAUUCGAAACACUGACACUCGGGUUCGGCAGCUUCCUCGGUCCCGACCGCAGUUCCAGUACCGACGCCUUCGGGUCCAGCCAUUCAGGCAGCGAUGAGAGUUACUCCUCCAGCCUCUCCACACCGUACGGGAUCUGAACUGCACCAGGAUUCACCUUGCGGUUCAAUUUCCGAUGGCGAGAUUCAAGACUCCCCGCCGAGGGCCCGGUCCCUGACACCUAUGCUGCCUGUUCGGCUCAACACUGGAACUGGAUUGUCCCCACUGAGAAGCCAUAGGAGCCGGUCUUCUGAAGCCCGUUCUGAUGACUGGUACCAUUCCCGGUACUCUUCCGCACCCAGAUGACCUGACUAUCCAUCCGUCGGAUACUACUCGGCUGCUAGAGGCCGAUCCUCUCCAGCAGCUCCUCAGGAUCAACCUCAUUCUACAGCCUCAAGAGAAGCCGGGCGUGCUCCGUCUCGGGAGAGCAGUAGAUCGCAGUCGCCAGGGGACUCUUCUUCCAGCUUCCCGCCUCCAUAUUGGGUGGACUCAGACGAGUCCGAGGUCGAUUCGACUUUGCCUGAUGCUGCAGUCACCUCGCAAGACCCUGCAUCACCGGAAGAGCCGCACAUCUCGUUUGUUGGAUUGAUGUCUAGGCUGGUGAAGUCGCUGGAAAUCGAGGCCAGUCAACAACCUGGUCCCAGCACCGAUCGUUUCUACGAUGUAGUGCAGGGCGAACAAUCGACCUCCAUCACUUUACCAUUCAUUACCACUCUUCAGCAAGCGAUGACCCAACCAUGGGACCUCCCGGCUCAACCUCAACCGACCUCAAGAAGAUAGAAAGCUAUGUACAGAGUUCGGGAGGGGGACAUUCCAUUCCUCCUCUGCCACCCCAAACCGAACUCGGUGGUGGUGGAAUCUUCUCAAGGCUGGGAGGCACGGGGUCACACAGCGCCCCGUGACAAAGAGGGAAGGAAGAUCGACUCCCUCACACGCCAGAUCUAUGCAGCUUCGGGACUCGGCCUAAGAAUCUCUAAUUAUGAGGCAACCCUGGCGCAUUAUCAAUACUUUAUAAUGCAGCACCUGGACAACAUCAUCGCCGCCCUCCCAGAUAAUCAAGGUGACCUGGUGCAGGUAUUCGUAAAGGAGGUAAUGCAGGUCGCGGUGCAACAGCUGUCCACAGCUAGACAUCAUGUGGACACGGACUCGAGGGCUCUCAUCGGUGCCAUCUCUCUCCAGAGACACGCCUGGUUGCAUAACUGCAACUUUCCAGAAGAGAUGAAGAGGAGGAUUGAGGAGAUGCCCUUUGAUGGGUCCGGCCUCUUCAACGCAAAGACCGACCACAAGUUGAAGAAGAUCCACGAGUCGCGGAUGACAGCCCGGUGUAUGGAGAUGCAACCUCUUCCUCGACGUAAGUGGUCAUGGACCCGUCCACAAUACUGACAGCAAUACCCACCCCACCAACAGCUACAGCAUCAUCAGCAACGCCUCAAGCAACCGCCCCGGCGAUUCCAGCAAGGCCACCGCCGCUCUGACGGAAACAAACGCCAGCACUGAUGGGGCAGGCGAACCUUUCCUUUCCUUCCAACCCCACCCUCCCCGCUCUCAUCUGGGGACCGGCUGAAAAGCUGACUUCCCAUUUGGGAGUCCAUUACAUCUGAUGGGUGGGUGUUAUCCAUCAUCCAGCACGGAUAUAGAAUUGAAUUUGACAUCGUUCCAUCAUCGAGUCCUAUCCACUUUGCUCCAUGCUCGCCAGUAUUAUUAGACGAGGUUCACCAACUCCUUUCUAAAGGAGCCAUUCAUUGCUUGUCUUUAUCAGAAGGGCUCCACAGAUUCUAUUCUAGAUAUUUUACGGUUCCGAAAUGAGACGGAGGUCUUUGACCGAUAUUGGACCCGAGAGCUCUCAAUAAAUUUAUGGAACCGACAGGAGUCCAGGAAUCAUAUCAACUUCCUGGAACUUCUUGCAGUAUUCAAAGCACUACAAUCAUUUGAGGAUGUGCUUCGCUGUCGAGUCGUCCAGAUAACCUCGGACAACAUUGCCACAGUCUUUUACUUGAACAAGCAUGGGGGGACGAAGUCACCAACGUUAGCCCGGCUAUCGAUGCAAAUCUGGGAGUGGUGCAUACCGAGAGAUAUUACCCUGAUAGCAGUACAUCUAGCGGGUACAGACAAUGUGGAAGCAGAUCUCUUAAGCAGACACAUGUCCAAGUCGCAUGAAUGGGAACUGGACCGUCAGACAUGCAACAGGCUGUUCCAGCGAUGGAGCCUCCCAGAUAUAGACCUAUUCGCCACCCGACAGAACAGGGUGUGUGAGACUUUUUGCUCGAGAGCGGGAAUCGGACGGGGGUCAUCCGGGGAUGCCUUUAUGAUCCCUUGGAACGAUAUGACGUUUUACGCUUUCCCCCCCGAUUCCCCUCAUCAUGAGAGUAAUAGCAAAGAUAAUUCACUACGGGGCCACAGGACUGCUGAUAACUCCUUGGUGGCCACACCAGCCAUGGUUCUCGACACUUCUUCACAUUUCUCGAGAGGAAUACCUUUAACUCCCUCCCAUUCCUAAUCUCAUAACUCAGUGGGAGGGCAUGAUCUGGCACCCGGAUCUAGUGUCACUGAAACUGACAGCCUGGUGAAUUCGAUAGCAGUCAACGUUGGCCCAGUACCAACGCCAUCUGCAGUUCCUACUGAUCCUAUCCCUAGAUCCGACACGCCAUUCCAUGCUGUGAAUCCAUCUACCUCCUCCACGUCCUCGGAUCUGACGAAUAUUCUGUCAGCUUCGCAAGUUCUUCAUCUGGACAUCCAAUAUAUUCUCGAUUCUGCGCUAAGGCCGUCCACUCAAAAAUCGUACGCGGCAAAGUGGCGUAGAUUCUCUAGUUUUGCUGAAUCUCACUCGUUUUCACCGAACUCUGCAUCCAUAGAUCAUAUCCUCCAGUUCCUUUUAGAACUCCACCAUUCUGGAUUUAAAUCAUCCUCCAUAAGAAUGUAUAUGGCAGCAAUUUCCUAUUACCGCGGUACAGUGCAGGGUUCUUCCAUUUUUUCUCAACCAUUGGUUAAGAGAUUUCUUAAGGGACUCUGCAACCUCCAUCCGAUGGUCAGACCACUUAUGCCUACAUGGAGUCUUUCAGUGGUGUUACAGGCACUGACAAGACCUCCUUUCGAACCCUUGGCAACAAUUGACUUACGUCUUGUUUCUUGGAAAACUGCUUUCCUUGUAGCAGUUACUUCAGCCCAGAGAUCUAGCAAACUGUGUGCCCUCAGGGUAGACCCUCCAUUUUUGAACUUUCACAAAGAGAAGGUGGUUCUGCAAAUGAAUCCAUCUUUUCUUCCAAAAGUGUCUAUGUCUUUUCACAUGGACCAGGAGAUUAUCUUGCCUGCCUUUUUCCCGUCUCCUUCGAAUCCAAUUGAGAGAUCCCUGCAUACUCUCAACGUCCGGCACAGUCUAGCCUUCUAUAGAUCGAGGACUGAGUCUAUUCGACAUUCCAAUAGGCUCUUCGUUAAAUACUCGGAACAAAAUCAAGGUUUCCCAGUUACUCCUCAGAGACUGUCCAAAUGGAUAGUUCACACUAUUAAUCUGUCCUAUCAGUUGGCCAAGAUAGACUUACCUACCGUUCCCCGGGGUCAUUCUACUAGAGCUGUAGCUGCUUCCUCAGCUUUUGCGUCGGGAGUUCCGAUUGAGGAUGUCUGCAGAGCUGCCACCUGGGCUACUCCAUGUACUUUCACUAGACUGGAUGUUUGUGCUAGACAGGAUGUUCUGCUCCUUUUGCAGAGCUGUUCUUUCAACUAUUCUUUGUUGAUGACACCUCCCUCCACCAUUUCGGCUGACUUCAAGAGAGCUGUGAAAGUGGUUAUAGGACAGGAACUCUCAGAAAAUGUUUUGGACACCAUCUUCAAGAUCUUUGAUUUAGAUGGAGAUAACUGCCUCAGCCAUGCAGAGUUCCUUGGAGUACUGAAGAACAGGAUGCAUCGCGGCUUAAGGGUGCCUCAACAGCAAGGAGUGGAAGGUUACUGGAAAUGUGUGAAGAGAGAAACCAUUAAAGGAGCAAAAGAAGUCUGGAAACAAACUGGGAAAAGUCCUUUUUAAACCUGUUCAGAAGAACGUUUUACAAUUAUUGCAAACUAUAUAUUGCAAUAUAUACUUGUCUACUUUUGUUUACGUGCUGGCUACAUUAGAUACAGUAGAAUCACUUUGUACAGUUAACUAUCAGAUGCAUUUCUCUUCUUGUAAUUUUACAGGAUCUAUCAGUAUAAUCAGUUUAGCUGAGGGACUAUUAUCAUCUCUAGCUUCUGAUUUUGUGUUCUAGUUUCAGGCUUGAAAUUCUCAGAAAAAGAUAUUAGUUUCAGUACUUUCCAUAAAGAAGGCAGGUCCCAUUAACAGACCCUGAAUGCCUACCUUUUUUCAAGGACUAAAGCAGCCAUCCUCAACCUGGUGUCUUCCAGAUGUGUUGGACUAAAUUUCCCAGCAUCUGCCAGCUAGCUGGGAGUUGUAGUCCAACAUCUAGAGAGCAGAAAGUUGGGGAAGAGCUAAAGACACAAAAAAGAAUGAAGGUUACAGUUUCAUAAUGAAUUUUGUCAAGUCAGAAUCAUUUUAGAACUAUAGAGUUCAAAUCACUGAUCAGUAGUUCCUAUUAUUUCACUAGAACUGAAGUAAUUUCAGGAUUGUAUCUUUAAAUUAUUCAGUACACAUUGUGAAUAAAAACUUAGUGCUCAAAAGCUACCUAGGACACAAUACAUUAUGGGUGGUAUUAGAAAUGUAUCUUGCCUGGGAAAGCAUUAUAUUAUUUGUAUAUUCCUAUAAUUUCUAAAAAUGCUUCCCUGUCCUGUUAGCAGUAAAGUUUGCAUCUUUCACUCCAAACUGGAACUACAAAAAUUGUUUACAAGAAUUAGAAUAUUGUACAUUGUGUGAAUAUGUAUAAAGCAGAAAUUCAGCAAUUACGAAAUUAAGGGGAGUCCCAUUUGGUGGAUUUGAAUGAAAUGGCUUCUGAGAUUGCUUUCUUCCAUAGCCACUAAGUAAAUUUCAAAUAUUUCUUGCUAGUUGUUUUACUUUUACACACCUAGGGAUCUAAUUUAAGACAAGUCAUUGAACGAAAAGAUCUAAAAAUAGCAUAAAUUGAAGUGCUAGGGAUGAAUUGUUACUUAAAUACUAAUAACAGACUGUAGAGCGUAAACCCAUAAUGUAGAGAUCAACAGUUAAAAUCUUCAGUGUCCAAUUAAAUCGACUGUAAUGUACUGAGUCCAAAGAAAGGAAGUGGCUGUGGCAGGGGUACUCUUGACCAGUGACACUGGAAGAUAGAGGAUCCUUUCCCCUCCUUUCCUACAGCAUUCUCAAGGUGGCCUUCAUGUGACAUGAUUUGCUACCAAGUCCCCAAGUCAUGAAAUAAGCAUAUUGAUAUGACAUGAUGACUUAUUUUACUAAAGAAGGCCACUUUGGAAUGAAAUACUUUGGAAAAGGGACUUGAUUAUGGUUGUUUCCCCAGCCUCCUAUUUCCUUUCCUAAUCAUCUUAUAGAUGGGGCUGGGCCAGUUCAGAGCCAGAUCCCCUCCCUCCAGAAUACACCAGGGUACAUACCCCUGCAGCCUUAUCAUACACUUUGCUUUAAAAAAAACCCAAAAACUGUACUUUUUGCUACCACUAUUACAAAUUCAGCAGCCUGGGGUGGGCACAAAAGACUGAGGGGAAGCAUGUUGCCCACUCCUAUGGUAGCGGAUCCUUCUCACCAAAGUGCAACUCAAUAUAUAGCUUGCAAACUUCUCACCGGAGAGUCGGAACUCCUGCAUAGCCAGGUUGUGGCAUCACAUCCAGGAUCCCCAGGGCUGUCCACUGGUUAUGAUCACACUUUACUUUGUCAUUUCUGUGUGUGUCAAGGUACCUUAAAAUCUGUCUUUUUUAGUAUUGCAUAGCUCUUGAAAUACUGUGCAAUCUCACCAGCAAAAGUUAGCCUAAUAAAAGGCAUUGGUGAUACUGUCCUGUGAGAAUAAUUAUUUGCAUAGCACUUUUCAGCAAUCAAUAUGUUUUAUACUUCCUGAUGUGAGGAGAGGGAUCUGAUUAUACUGAUGUACCACAACACCAGUUUUGGUUUAAGCACCACUUGUAAUCACUUUAAGCCUAAUAUAUUGGUCAUACAAUGUGGCCAACCUCUGUCUUUGGAUUAGAAAUACCUUAUUUUUCUUUUGUUCAUUCUGCUAUAUUUAUUACCUUGAGGGCAGUUCUGAGCUCCUGCAAUGCCUUAGUCCCCUUCAAAUUUUGCACAGAGCUUUAUUAUAGGAAGCUGGAAAGAGAAUAUAUUCCACAUUUAAAUGCAGUGAUGGUAGUUGAAUCUUAGGGUGAUUAUUUAUGAACUAUAAAAGCCUUGACAGAAGCCAUUUUUUAGAAGUGCCUGGAAGGAAGAAGGGGAUGACUAAGCUGUUGGUUUAGAUGCAGCUAAAAACAUUAAAUGCUUUGAUUCUCCAUGUAAUAACCAUCUCAGAACUCCUAAAAGAAUGGUCUGGGAUGUCAAAACUACCUUCGUGCUUAGAAUGUGUCUAAGUGAAUGCAGCUUGGGAUGAGAACUGAAAAUAGCACAGGACAAAUGUAAUAAUUUGUCUGAAUUGCUAUGGAAAAAAGUCCCCCAUCUAGGAUUGGAUGGGCAUGUGUCUUACUUUACAAAGGAUAGUCCUUGUUUGAAAGCAAGCUCUGCUUAAAUUGCUGCCCAAUUCAAGUCCAGUUCUAACCUGAAGAACUGCAAGAAGGAAGAGCAUAUUGAUGUCCAUCGACAAACGGCACAGGAGAUUGAGCAGAUAUGCAGGUCUCUAGUUAGAGUCUUCUCCACUCCGGUGAGAUGUGUUAUAUUUCUAUUGCAGACAUUAUAUCUAAAUGUAAAUAUAUGUAAAUUUACAUAUAUGUGCAUUUUAUGCAAAUGUGUCAUUUUUCGUUACAAGUGGUCACUGCAUCUGGAACGGAAUGCAAUUCCUCCAUCCCCUCAGGUCUGGGAGUGGGCGGUCAGUUUUCCUGUAAGGUUUCUCAUUGCAGCUGUGACCAUUUUAGAUAUUUGGAAUGUGGCAAGGAUAUGCUGUAAAUGCUCAUUUCAUGCAAAACUGGUGACAGUGGGGUGUUGGGGUGGUUGAGGUGGUUGAAAUGCCUCCCUCACCCCUAAAACAGCCCAUAGGUUCUGGGUGGCUUGUCAACCACUCCAACAAUCCACUCUUGAUGAGUUCACACCUGAUAAGCUAUGCCCCACCCCCACUACAUCUCACAUAUUAAAAAUAGGAGCACCCUCCCCUUCACGCAUGGUGGCUUCUCAUUACACGCAAAGCAGAUUGUUCCCUUAAGAGCACGCAAAGUUAGAGUAUUGGUUACUACCAGGUGUACAUUAGCUAGUGGUUUUGACAGAUCCUGGGAAGGAAGCAAAGGACUUUGAAGAGAGUCUGCUCCAAUGAUAAUAUGGUCAGUGUGCUAAUAUUAAGGCUGUGCUGUGGUUUAAAUGCCAUUUUGAGAAGGCUUUCUAUAACAGUUUUAAUUAGAAAGCUAGGUUGUAAAUGUAAGGAAACAGAAGUUCUUGCCUGCUGCUAAUGCAGUGUCUCAGCAGUUAUGAGUGUGAAGGCUGCAGGCAGCAGCCAUAUUUAACAUAAAUUCUGUCAUUAAUUUGUACUUAUAAACAUACUGUUUGACAUAUGGCCUUUUUCAACAUGUUGGAAAAAAGCCUUGGUUCAAAAGGAAAUACUGCCAGUUUCCACAAGGUGGAGCUCUAGGUUUUCCUAUUCAUUUCCCUCUAGUGUAUUCGGAGACUAAUUUGACCAUGUCUAAAAUGGGAAAGAGAAUAUACAUGCUGAAUAUGCUGGAUGACUUUCAAAAUCAUGUCCAUGGGUUCAAGCCAGAAAAAGCCAGACUUGGAUCAAUGGCACUUAUUUUAGAACACGGAUAAACAUUUAUGUAUCAUUCAUUUCAAUGGGACUUAGGCUGCGAACCUGUAUCCCCAUACCUGGGAGUAAAUCCUAGCAAUUCUGUGGGAUUGUCGUCCAAGUAAGCCUAUCUAGGAUUCUACUGCUAGCUGUAGGUUUCAGACAACUUUCUUUAGACAGUGCCUCCUAUCAUUUGCUGAAUGAUGUCUGGUGGGAAAACGGGGAUGUGCACCGGUAGCAGUGGUGCAGUGAUACAUUUUGAGGGCAGGUGCUGUGACAUUCCCCAUAGCCACAUCCCCAAGGAGAGUGCAAAAAUGGCAGCAUCUGUGUUGUUGUGUAUCAACAAAUCAUUUUUAGAGGUUUCAUCUCCACCAGGGAUGAGUCUAGUAAAGUUAAUUGGUCUUAAUUGCCCAUUCAAGACCAAGUCACCCUAAAAUACUCUGCAUUACAAUAGAAAACAUUGUAUUAUGGCUGAGAAAAUUUGUUUUCUUCCAGUCACUGCAGGGAUUGCAACUAAACUCAGAUGUAACAGAGGUUAGGUAGCGAGGGAGAUGAGAUCAGCAUAAUACAAAAAAUGCCAGAACUGCAUCUCUCUGAGCUGUAACUCCAAAUACCCCUGGACCAAAAACAUAACCAUACAUCAAAUUUCAAGUAAAAGUGCCUGAUUUUGUAGGGUUGUGUACAGAGGAGAGAGCAUGCUUGCUACUGCUUGUUGUCAUAUGAUUGUUUUAAUUAUGACAGGAUAAAUGUUUUGAGGACUUCAAAAUAAAUGUAAUGAAAUGAGCAUGCAAAAAGCACAGGAGAGAACCAAGAGUAAAUUUGAGAGGACCCGGAGGAAAGUGCUCACCAAGCCUGCCUCAACAUUACCUAGUCCCACCCACCCACCCACCUCGCACAUGCACACACAUACAAGCAGGUAAGCUUGGCAGGAGGUAGAGGCAUGCACAGUGAGGACAAAUGGGGGUGGCUAUAGAUGUGUAGCAGUAGGGACUGGCAACAGCACCCAGCCUGGAACUGAGAAAUGCUAGGUGGAAGGGCUGCAGCUGUUGCCAUAUUCGUUUUCCCAGGAUGCAUCUGGGCCCGUGUACUGUACAUUUGAGACUGGGGCCAGGAACAUGUUAUGUUAGGCUUCUUGGUCUGGUGCUUCUCUUCAUCAUGUCAGACCUUUUCAAACACUUUAUUUUUUAAUAUAUUUUUGAGGAUGUAAUGAAUUUAGUGACACCUCUCUUAAAGCCACAUAAUCUAGGUCCCAUCACACCUUGGAGGAGUGAAUUAUUUAUGACUGAGAAAAGGGUAUGUUUUUUCUUUGAACUGAAUCUAUCAGCAAUGUAUCAUGCCUUCUACCUGAAAGACAAAUUUAAGACAGAUGAGGGAGAGCAUUACAACUCUGGUGCAAGUUUUGGAAAUUCCUCCAAACUGGCCAUAGUUAUAGACAUUUAAAUAGCCAAGGUUGAUGUAUGUACACAAUAAUGCAAUAAAUGCAAUACUGGUUGUGAUCAA